GUUAUUUAUUUUGCGAAGAUUAUAUGCGUAGCUUCCCUUGAUCAACAGUAGUCAUGUUUUGAGCAGGGAUCAUCAUACCUUCGGUGAUAAACAGAUUGGUCAAACAGCCAAUGUUGUUACCAGGAAAAGUAAAAUGGCACCAUCUAUUUGGAUUGGCUUACCUAAUACAACGGGUGCUGUCGUCAUAAUUAUAUAUGGUAUAAUAUCAGUGGUAACUGGACUGGAUAGCCUUGGUAUAGUGGUACAUCAGACAGGCCUAGCCAUCGCUGGAAGGAGUGCCAUUUUACGAUGCGACUACCGACCGCCUCCUUCCACGCCAGCCGGUCUAGUAUACUGGGACUCCGAUACCCGGGGCAACUUCAUCAGUGGUAAAUCGAACUCAAGUAUUACGAACAUAAUCCAACCUCAAAAAUACCGAAUGUGGUUUGUUGGAGCAUCGAACGCCGUCUUGGAGAUCUUGAACGUUGACUUCGAUGACGAGAUGUCGUAUACCUGUUUAGUCAUCACACAAGGGGGAAGUGGCGGGUCAGACGAGUUCAACCUAGUUGUCCUAGUUCCGCCAUCUGGGAUCACCGUCGUCGGUAUCUCGCCUGUCAACAGAGAAGUGGUCGUUAUUAGUGGACAACCUUACACGUUGACCUGUACUUCCGGGUCAAGUAAACCGAGUGCGAGUAUCACGUGGUCUAAGGUAGAUAUGAACUUUGACCUGCAGCUUCGUCAAUCUGAUCAGUUUAAUAACGCUUCAGCAAUGGAUGCUCGCACGGUUAUCACAUGGCGAAACGCGACAUUUACACCCAACCUAGCUCAUGAUAGGAAGAGGCUGCAGUGUUCUGCUUCACAUCAGGCACUUUCUUCUCAAAUUACAACUAGAGUGAUAUUACGAGUAAUGGCCCUCCCGCGUGAGAUGUCACUGAAGGAUGCCGACUCAGAUAAUACAUUGACAGGUAACCUCGAGGUAGACGAUGGGGAUACCAUGAACUUUGAAUGCUCCGUGCUUGAAGCCUCGCCUGCUGCUACUCUAGCAUGGACCAUCGGACAACCUCCAGGACUGGGUGAAACCGUGGACGCAGUAUCCAUGGUGACGAUCAGAGGUGAACGCCUGAUGGACACCAUUUCACGAAUCCAGCUAAACAUCUCAAGUGAACUUCACCAUAAUCAACUCUUGACAUGUGAAGCUACUAUUCGUAUAGGUUCAGCAGUGCGCAAAGUGUCAAGAUCUGUUACUCUGCAAGUUCAUGGCCCUCCAAAUGAGGUAACCAUAGCAGGAGCAAACGACCUCAUGGAAGGCACAUCGAGUCGGAUAACAUGUACAGUGGCGGAUGCUUUCCCGGAGCCGAAGGUGAUUUGGGACAUCGAUGGUCAAGAUGUGACCGGCAUGACUAACAAAGAGGCCAGUGAGACUACUAGAGGGCGCUUCACCGUAGUGAGCACCCUUCGCCUUGAUGCCGUGAGAGCUGACAACAGGAAGGUUGCGAUGUGCAGCGCCAUACAUAUUGGUUUCAAGAGUGGGGUCAGUCACGUGACGAAUGCCACUAUCACACUCAACGUUCGUUAUUGCCCGUUGAACAUCUCAGCAACAUGCCCAGUCGUACGAGAUGGGGGCUCAGCUAUUGUUACAUGUGGCCAAGUAACCAGCAACCCAGCCACUGUCGUGAGCAUCAUCGAAGAAGGGAUGACUGUCCUUCGAACAAGAACCAUGGUGGAUUACAGAGAUGUGACGUCACUAAUCCAUGGGGUCACGACAGAGGUCAUUUAUGACAGGUAUUUCACCAAAGACCAAGGUCCAAGAGAUUUUCAAUGCUGUACAGUGCCCUCUACGCUAUGUCCGGACGAAAUAUGUCAAUCCUGCAUUGUGGAUAUUCAAUAUCCUCCAGAAGUGUUUCCGGUUCCGGAAGGUCUCUUAAGAGAGGUCAAAGAAGGGGAGAGUAUCAACUUGACCUGCUGCGCAGACGCAAACCCAACUCCAAAAGGAAUGAUCACGUGGCACUCUGAAGGUCUUCGUAACGUCACCUGUUCACCUGAGGGUCAUUCUCAAAGCGCUUACAUGAUGAGGCAGUCAACGGGUCAUGUAUGCAGUGUGUUGACCUUUGCACCCGUGACCGCAGGGGAUGCUGGUAUACAUAAAUGCGUCGCUAACAAUGGAUUUGAUACCUCAUUCUCUGCUAGCUUUGAGCUUCAAGUAGCAUUUCCCCCUUGCACUUCAACGGACGAGGGCUCCAUCCUCGAAAAUGAAGGGAAUGAAGCCACUCUGUAUUGUGACGUCAUUUCGAACCCACCAUCUGAGGUCACGUGGUACUUUAAUGACGAGCCUAUCGACAUGAGCAGCUCUCGGUAUAGAGGGUCGGAGAGUGGCAGCGGUGGGAUUGAUAGCCGACAGAUCAGCGUUGAGAUGGAAAUCAAAGCUAUAUCAGCCUCACUGGAUGCAGGGAACUACACCUGUGUGGCGAACAACUUGUUGGGUAUUGAUGCGAGCGUCGUCGAGUUAAUAAUCGCAACUAUUCCAGACCGCCCGACUGAGUUACAAGCCCCCCGAAACUCAAUCAGAGAAACAUCGUUAUUGGUCACAUGGAAACCUGGUUACAAUGGAGGCAGGAGACAGACGUUUCGAUUGGCUUACUGUUUGGUUGAUUCAGUGACGUCAUGUCCCGAAUUAUCCAACCUUCAGAAUUCAUCAUUCACAUUUGUAGUAGACACUCUAAAGCCUUUCACCUUGUAUACAAUACGUGUAUGGAGUGAGAAUGAAGUCGGGCAGAGUGAACAUAUUUCUAUGACUAACUCCACAAAACCACUAUCACCGUCAGAUCUAGGUUUUGAAAUAUCAUACAGCCCAAGCCAGGGAGUAGUCAUCAUGCAGUUUGUAGGCGGGUCAACGAUGGAGGGCGCCAUUCCCAAUGACCUUUGCAUCCAGGUCGAGGUCAACCUGGGUCAAGACUGGGUCACAAGAGAAGGAUGCCUCAAUGUGGGCGUGGUCAAGACUGUUCAGCGCGAUCUAUUAGCGGGUCAACUACGAGGGAUUAGCUGUGGUCGAGGAUUGUGCAGCGUACCUAGUAUGGUGGUAGUCCAGAACAACCAAGAGAUUCCUUGGAUUAUCAUCAUCAUCAUCGCUUCAGCUAUCGGGGGUGUCAUAUUAUUAGUAAUAAUAAUACUCUUGUGUCGAUGUAUGUGCAGGAAGAGAAAGAGAAGCAAGGAGACAAUAAGAACACUAAGCAAAAUCGUAACAUCUGAUACAGUCCCGCAAUCCCCGAGCAGUUGCUAUCAACCCCUUGCAUUCUCAAUGCCGCCGAAACCAACAUCACCACCACCGACACUACCCCCUGAUAGACUGAAUGCCCAAGGAAACACAGAUGAUGAUGAUUAUGAAGAUUUCACAUAUGCGAUACCGGAUCAACCUCGUGAUCGAGCAUUCAUGCAUAACGACUCUUCCAUGAACGUCCCAUUCGCGGAGACAGAAGACGCGGAUGUAUUCGACGAUGGUUACAUUCCUAUGGCGACCUUUAAGAAGCCCUCUAUGCAAGGCCGACCUCCUAAACCACUACCAAAACCAACAGAGACCUACGAUACUAUCAAAGGGCAAAUCUAUGAGAAUCUGAGAAUUUGAGAAUAGAGUAUCCAGAAUUUGAUAAAGAGGGGUGGGUGGAAUCGUCCCCUGAUGAAGA